AUGGCGCAUCCUUUGGACAAUUGGAGAGCACGACGACCGAGCUGGGCUAACCGCCUAGAAACAAAUAUCCACGACCUCGUUCAACCGGGAACCGCCAUAGCAACACAAUACCCGCAUCUCCACGAAGCAUUCGCAGGCCGACUAGACCAGGCCUGGAUCGCGAGAGAUGGUGAACACGUCUCACGAUGUGACGAGCCGUACGGUAAUGCGGCCCGGGCUGACGCAGAUGCGUUCCAAAGACAUAAGAAUCACGAAAAUGAGAUUCCAUAUGAUAACGCGCAAUACCGGCUUCGGAAUAUGUGUCGCGUGCUGAAGGCGCGUAUGACACCUUAUGCGAAUAUCGGUGGAGGCACCUACGGCACUGUCUUUCUUGCUCGAGAGCCUAAUCCAAAUCCAGAGAUCCCCACUGAAUACAAGUUCUACGCCAUAAAAGUCGAAACACAUUGGGACAUGGAAAAUCGAGCGACCUGGAAUUAUAAGCCUACCAUGACCGUCCUCGACGAGCUCACAAGAUUCCCAAAGCUCGAUUCGGUAUAUGUCGAUGACAAAGUGCAUUCAAUCGUCAUGGACGCGUGUCUAGAUCCUGAUCUUCUCAGAAUGGACCCUAAAGAGUUCCAAACUAAAGACCCAGAAUUAAAGCGCGUCGUUGCUUUCACGGGAAUGUACCUCACGCACGAAAAGAAGCCGAUUCUCAAUGAGGAAGAAGUGUGUAAGGUUGCGUCGCAGAUACUCGAGGGUUUUGCGUAUCUUCGGCACAUGAAUAUCUCCUACGGCGACUUGUCCAAGGCUAACUUUCUCGUUGAUGAGUCUCUCAAUACCAAACUCAUCGACCUAGGAAUGACGACCUUCGGCUUCGACGACCCCGACUUCCAAAAAGACUGCUGGGCCCACGUAGUCGGCCAAGAAAAUAUCCUAACCCCAGAAAUUGCCCUGGAACUGGCAAAACCGGAGUGGAAACACCAAGAUCGAGAACAAAUCCAAGUGGACAUCCCCAUCCCCUACGACGCCCGCAUAGCACAUCUCUGGCGAAUCGGCGCCCUCACGUACGAAAUGCUACACGGCUAUGCACCUUGGGAGUCACCCGAAUAUUAUCAUGAGUUGGGCAGAGUGGAUUGGGACAGGGAAAAUGCCACUCAAUGGGAGGAGAUUUAUAAGCGGCGGGAUCGGAUUAUUAACGAGGAGUUGCCGAUUCGGGAGGACUUGUCGCAGGAUUGUGUGGAUAUGUUGAGGAUGACGCUGCAUAAGCAACCGAUGGAGAGGGCGACGUUGGAGGAGUUGUGUUCGGUGCCUUGGUUUGGGCAGUGGGCUUAUCAUGAUGAUGGCGUGUGGAUACGGCCAGAAUCCGAGUCGUACAAGCAAAAGCGAGCGGAUAAGAAUCUUCCUCGUUGGAACAUGACGUUUUAA